AUGUCUAGAUUAUACAUUGAAAUAUUUGAUAUAUAUAUAUAUAUAUAUAUAUAUUCAAAUGCAGAAGCUGCAGUGAAAGGAGGAUAUUGGUAUUAUGACAGUGGCCUUGAUCCUUCAGACAUUGAUUCCUCUUACUUCACACAUCUCUUCUGCGCUUUUGCACAAUUAGAUUCCACCACCAACCACCUCACUUUACCUUCAACCGCAUUCUCAACCUUCACACAAACCGUUUUGCAGAACAACCCUUCACUCAAGACCCUUCUCUCCAUAGGAGGAGGUGGUAAUGGCUCUGCUCCUUUUUCUACAAUGGCUAACAAUAGCACUUCCCGAAAAGCCUUCAUAGAUUCUUCAAUUCAAGUAGCAAGAUCAAACAAAUUCCAUGGCCUUGAUCUUGAUUGGGAGUAUCCCAGUUCAGACACAGACAAGACCAACCUCGGCCUCCUCCUCAACGAGUGGCGCGCCGCCAUUGCUCAAGAAGCUAGCUCCUCUGGCAAUACACCAUUGCUCUUAUCUGCUGCGGUUGCCGGUUCUAACCAGAUUACAAAUUUACAAUACUACCCUGCUGAAGAAAUUGCAAGCAACAUGGACUGGGUCAACGUGAUGGUGUAUGAUCUUUUUGUUCCAGAUGGGGCUGGUUCUACACAGCCACCAGCACCAUUGUACAAUCCAACAGGACUAUUCAGUGGAGAUCAAGGAAUCAAUGGUUCAUGGAUCAAUCAGCUUGGUGUUCCACCCAACAAACUAGCAAUUGGGUUACCCUUUUAUGGUUAUGCAUGGACUUUGGUGGAUGCUAAUGCUCAUGGAUUGUUUGCUGGUGCUAAUGGUGCCGGUUCAAUUCCUUCUGGAGGUUCAAUUCCUGUGUAUAGGGAUAUCAGGAGUUUCAUAAAUAAUGGGGCACAAACUGUGUAUAACUCAACUUAUGUGACAAAUUAUUGUUAUUCUGGAACUACUUGGGUUGGUUAUGAUGAUACUCAGAGUGUAUCUGCUAAGGUUAGUUAUGCCAAGGAAAGAGGAUUGAUUGGAUAUUUUGCAUGGCAAAUUGGUGGAGACGAUAAUAACUGGACACUUUCCAAAACUGCUUCGGAUGCUUGGGGAUCUUAAGGAGGAAGGUCCGGACACAGUUCACAGAGUGAUAUAUGAUGUACAAUGUAUGAAAUAACUAAUAAGCACCUUGAUUUCAUUGCCAUGUCUUAUGUAUGUUAAGUAUUUUCUUUUACAACAGCACUAGGUAUUGAAAUUAAAGUAGAAGCCAGGUAUAUUUGUUCUACAAUUGUAAACUGAUAGUUUAUCAGUUCUGUGUACUAGUCCUAUCCUACAAAUCGUUUUCCCAUUGAAGCAAUGAAAUUGGACCAACGCUGCAACGCAUAGUUAUAUAAUUUAAACCA